AUGGGUAUGGCUGCAGAAUCACAGUUUCAUGUUUUGGCUGUUGAUGAUAGUAUCAUAGAUAGAAAACUCAUUGAAAGACUCCUCAAAACCUCUUCUUAUCAAGUUACUACAGUUGAUUCUGGUAGCAAGGCUUUAGAGUUCUUGGGCCUGUGUGAAAAUGAUCAGAAUCAUCAUACCAGCACAAAUAUACCAUCUGUCUUUCCUAACAAUCAUCAGGACGUGGAAGUUAAUCUUGUUAUAACAGAUUACUGUAUGCCUGGCAUGACAGGCUAUGAUUUGCUUAAGAAAAUCAAGGAAUCAUCAUCAUUGAGAAACAUACCAGUUGUGAUCAUGUCAUCUGAAAAUGUGCCUUCAAGAAUUAAUAGAUGUUUAGAGGAAGGAGCAGAAGAAUUUUUCUUAAAACCUGUAAGGCUAUCAGAUUUGAGUAGACUUAAACCUCACAUGAAGAAAAACAAAGUGAAAGAUCCAAGAAAUGAAACAGAAGAAAAGAUUGAAAAUUCAGAAAUUCUACUACAACAAGAAGCACCAAAAUCUCAAUAUUCACAUUCAGAAUCAGAAUCACAAUCACAGUUACAAGCACAUUCAACUAUUGACCAACAGCAACAACCACUACAACAAAACAACAAUAAUAACAAGAGAAAGAGUAUGGAACAACAAGGACUUUCAUCUGAGACUGAUAGAACAAGACAAAGAUACAGUGGUAUAGCUACUGUUGUAUGA